UUGUCUGCACGAUCAUUAGCAACCAUCACGGCCUGCGAGGUGGUAUUAUUUUGCUACGUUGUGAAAUAUUCUUCAUAAGACGACUCGUUGUAAAAAUAUAAUUGUGAACAAUUAAUUUUGGCUUAGCUUCUGUAAGAAAAUUCCGUAUUCGCCGGAGAGGAAAACUGUUGUCGUGUUCAACUAAAAUGCGACGUACCGAGAGGAUCCUUAUCUUCAUCUGGCUGCUGUGCGUUCAGCCGAUAGCCAUGAUGAAUCACAUAGUGACUGCGCGAGAAGAUACUUGUCAUCUGCCAAGGGCUUUAAUCGAGGAGAUAGACUCGUAUGCGCCGAUUGUGCAGAGAAUAAUCAACGAGACUAUGCGAGGCUCUUUCAAGGGCACCACGUGGCGAGACUUGGCGGAGUUUGUCGAUAAAUUUGGCCCGAGGUUCACCGGUACCCAGGUCCUCGAGGAUUCUAUCGAUUAUGUGUUGAACAAAUCGAUCAGUUUAAGUCUGGAAAAUGUUCACGGCGAAGUGGCGACUGUACCACGUUGGAUCAGAGGCUCUGAAUCUGCGACCCUUUUGCAACCAAGGCGAAAAGAUCUCGCGAUGUUGGGCUUGGGUUACAGCGUGGGUACUCCGAAAGAGGGAAUAACUGCCAACGUCAUUGUGGUGGAAAGUUUCUCGGAGCUUAAGAGCAGAGCGAAAGAGGUCCUAGGAAAGAUCGUCGUGUACAAUCAAAAGUUCAUCUCGUACGGGGAGACCGUAGAGUACAGAUCUGCAGGAGCCACGAAAGCUGCGGAAUUGGGCGCCGUGGCCGCUCUGAUCAGGUCGGUAACGCCAUACUCACUGUACACUCCUCACACCGGCAUGAUGAGCUACGGAGAGAACGUCACCAAGAUCCCAGCUGCCUGUAUAACCGUCGAGGAUGCAACUAUGUUGGAGAGGAUGGCGGAUCGAGGAGAAAAUAUCAUGAUAAAUCUGAAAAUGCAAGCGCAAACGUACCCGGACACGCACUCGCGAAACGUCAUAGCGGACAUCACCGGCUCCAGCGCGGCUGAAAAGACGGUCGUCGUUUCUGGACACAUAGACAGCUGGGACGUCGGACAAGGCGCUUUAGACGACGGAGGUGGCAUUUUUAUAUCUUGGAAAGCAUUGCAGUUACUGAAGCGCCUUAAUCUACGAGCACGGAGGACAGUAAGAAUGAUAAUGUGGACUGCCGAGGAACUCGGGCUCAUUGGGGCUCGUCAAUACAUAGAGAAGCACGCGGCGGAGAAUGGAAACCUGCAGUUUGUGAUGGAGUCCGAUUUAGGCACAUUUGCGCCUGUUGGCCUCGAAUUUACCGGUGACAAGAUGACGCAGUGUAUACUUGAGAGAAUAAUGCGGCUGUUGGCUCCGUUGGAUGACUUGAAACUGAAAAGUCCCUGUACACAGCCCGAUAUACAAUUCUGGGUCAACGCUGGCGUACCAGGCGGUGGUCUAUGGACGAAAAACGAGAAAUACUUCUAUUAUCAUCAUACGAACGCGGACACGAUGCUGAUCGAAGAUCCAGUGGCACUGGACAAGAACACAGCCAUUUUCGCAGCGGUAUCGUUCGUUCUGGCGGAUAUUAGCGUUGAUCUACCUCGACACAACAACACUUAUUUUUCCAAAUAAAUACUUGAAUAACGAUAUAUAAUAUUUCUUCGAUUCAUAAUGGAUACAGUAAGCCGUUAAUUAUUGCCUUUAACCCAAAGCUAUGACGUGAUUUUUGGCUGAAGGCGUUUCCAGCUGCUAGUUGCAAAAUUUGUUCUUCAGCUUUAAGCGAGCUGGCCAGAUUCCAGCUGUUAAGGCCGUGGAGAGCGGCUUUUGCUAGAAAUUACAGUAGAGCGAGAAGCUAAAGGCUUGCUGCCCUCAUUGCGAACCAGGAUUUGUAAUAAUCACAUGCAAAAGUUGUUAAGUUUCGAUA